AUGGCAAGUGACAAACUCCAAGGGUUGUCGAUAGUAUCAAGAUUGUGUCCGCGGCCUAUGAACUUUCAGUUUUCGCGACUUGACGAACUGUCUAACCACCGCGCGCCUGAAAGACCAACUCAGCCACUACGACCGAGUCGUGCGGCACAUUUCACUCUUUUCUCGCGUCAAAUUUGCCGGGACCAGCUCAUCACGAUGGUUGUCACCAAAGUUGGCCAGUGGUCCAAUGUGGAAGAUGAAGUGCUGAAGAGCGCCAUCUCCAAGUAUGGCCUCAAUCAGUGGGCGCGAUGCGCCUCGCUCCUUGCAAAGAAGACAGCGAAGCAGUGCAAGUCGAGAUGGCAGGAAUGGCUCGAUCCCAGCAUCAAGAAGACGGAGUGGUCACGAGAAGACGACGAGAAACUCCUGACUAUGGCAAAGCUGCUGCCCACGCAAUGGCGCACUAUCGCCCCUAUCGUCGGACGCACCGCAACACAGUGCUUGGAGCGCUAUCAAAAGCUCCUCGACGAACAGGAGGCCAGAGAGAGUGGGGAUCUGGGCCUUGCUGGGCCAGAAGGCGGAGAGUCAGCUGCGCCUUCGGCGGAAGACGUGCGACGACUGCGCCCUGGAGAAGUCGAUGCCUACGCAGAAAGCCGACCAGCCCGACCCGAUGCAAUUGAUAUGGACGAAGAGGACAAGGAGAUGUUGUCCGAGGCGCGUGCUCGCCUGGCGAACGUCAGUGGAAAGAAGGCCAAGCGGAAGGCGCGCGAGAGGCAGCUGGAGGAGUCGAGGCGACUUGCCCUCCUCCAAAAGCGACGAGAACUCAAGGCUGCUGGCAUCAACAUCAAAAUUGCGCCGAAAAAGGGCCAUCACAUUGACUACAACGCCGACGUACCACUCGAAAAAGAAGUCCCCUCGGGAUUCUUCGACACCACCGAAGAAAUCGAGGCUAACGAGAAGCAACGAGAAUCCUUCGACCCACGUAAGCAACAGCUCGCGAACAAGCGCAAGAUGGAACAGCAGGAUGGAGGCGGAGACAACAAGCGCAACAAAAAGGACGAGAAGUCGGGAGGUCUAGCAGCAUCGUACGCAAAGGCUGCUCAGAUGCAGAGGAUCCGCGAGGCAGAACAGAGCAGCAAGCGACGUGCUCUUGUACUACCUACGCCACAAGUCGGGGAGGCAGAGCUCGAGGACAUUGUAAAGAUGGGCAUAGCUGGCGAGCGCGCGAUCACUGCGGGUGGUGGAGACAACAUAGCGACUCAGGGCCUCGUAGGGAAUUACUCGACCAUCACUGGCAAUACUCCAAUUCGCACGCCCAUGGCACCCAAAGAAGAGAACUUCAUCGCGAACGAAGUACGCAAUGCCCGAUUACGAACAGAAACCCAGUCGGCUCUUCUUGGAGGAGACAAUCCAGAUCUCGUAGAUGAUGAGGCACCAGCUUCACUCUCUGGGCCAUCAGCACGGCACCAGAUUGUCACACCAAAUCCUUUGGCUACACCUUUUCGGCAAGGCAACGGACCAGGAGCCACCCCUGUGCGUCAGGGGCCUGGUGCAACCCCAAUGCGAACACCUCGAGACACUUUACGCCUAAACGAAGAAGAGAGCGGUAUGCAGCUCGUUGCGCAGACUCCCCGGGAUAUGAAAUUACGUGAGAAUGCAAAGCGACAAAAUUUGAAGAGCAGGCUCGCAGCGCUACCAAAGCCAAAGGAGGAGAGCUGGGAGUUUGAGCUGCCCGAAGAACAAUCAGAUCAAAUGGAAGUCGAGAUCAGCGAAGAAGAUGCUGCUGAGCGGGAUCGUCGGGCACGGGAAGCUCGCGAGGCCGCAGAGGCCGCGGACUUUCGUCGGCAAACCCAAGUUGUGCAGAAAUUCUUGCCCAGGCCAUCGCUAGUCGACAUCGAUGUGAUGCUCAAGAGGGCAUUAGACUUGUCAGAUCCCGUUGAACGAGAAAUUGAGACUGAAAUGGCUCUGUUGAUUGCCAACGAUGUUAAAAAGUUCGGAAGUGGGCGUGUCACAGGAACUCUGAAGCCAGUUGAGACAAUAAGUGAUGAUGCUCUUCGGGCUGCCAAGAUGGAACUGGCACUGGAACUCGCCAUGUCGUCCGACAAGGAUAAAAAAGCAUUCCAUAGUGAAUUCGCCACCUCGUGGACUACUUUACAUGGCUCAGCAAUCCUACCUGGUAUUGCUGGGUACGAAGAAGAUGAGAUUGAUGAGCAUCAGCUCAUGGUUGAAGCGUUUGAUAAUGCGCAGGAAUCGAUCAUCGAGGCAGCUGAGCGCGCAAACAAGAUUGAGAAGAAGCUAGCGGUUCACCAUGCAGGCUACAUUAAGCGUGCUGCCCUUUUACGCGAGAAGAUUGGCGGUGCUUUUGGAGCACUCGAGAAAGCGAAAUACGAUUUGGACACCGCGAGGACAGCACAGUAUGCCGAGCAGACGGCCAUCAGCCGACGCCUGUCAAGCCUGCGCGAUGAAGUCCAAUUUGUCACGAAGAGGGAGAGAGAGGCGCAGGAAUUGUAUAGGACAAGGAAGGAGGAACUUGACGGGCUGCAACAGUCUGUGAAUGGAGUGCAUUAG